UUGGGCCCCUACUAAUGUCAGCAGGUUGUCAAAAAUAAUCUUUCUGCCAUCUUUAGCUGUGCAUUUCUUUUGGAACAAAUAAAUAACAACAAAGUAUCUUGAAACGAUGCUCCAGACCAGAAUGGUAAAUAAAGCGCAGAAUACAGACCAGUAAGAUAUUGCUCUGAUUUGUGAAUCGUAAUGGAGGACACUUUGAGUGUGAAAUCGACUGAAUCGUUACCAACAAGUGAGGAGUUUGAUUUCCUAACAGACAAACCAGGAGUGAGCAAAACUCCCACCCUUGACUUCAAAGGGGAUUUGUAUGACUUGAGAGACGCCCUAAACGAGGUGCUACAAGAAACUGAUAAUUACACAACCAUGAGUGAUAAAUUUCAUGAGCAAACGUGCGACUUUAAGGUUGGCCAGUCGACUUUCUAUGGCACCCCGGUGAAUUUGGGCGACGAGCCUCUUACGCAGGAUCUGAGCCCUGCAGAGAAGCAGGAUUCAAUGAAGCUCGACCACAGUUCUGAUGACAACACCAGCAUUUCAGAUGUGGAUCAGGACUGUACGAUAUUUUCUGGAAUCACGUAUUUGGGCGCCGCGCAAAUAAACGCUCCCAAAUCGGAGGUGGAAAUCCACCGCAAUAUGGCCAUAUUGAACGAGCAAAGCGUUGAGCAAGGAAUUAAAGUUGCAGUGUCCGUUCCGUUAUCUAGUCAAGGCCUGGUUGUACUGUACGACGGCCAAACCAAUUCAGUAAUAUCUAGAUAUGAAGUGCAUCGAAUCCUGUUUUACGCCAGAGGUUCGGUGGAUAGUAACGAAGCUGGCUGCUUCUCAUUCACAUGGUCGCAUGGCGAUUCACAGGAAUCCGCUAUUUUUCUUUGCCAUGUGUUCCGCUGCGAUAUAGUGGAGGCGGUGUCUAGAGUUUCCGCCUGUUUUGCUAAAGCAUUCCAACGCGCCCCCAAGUCGAUGAGCAGCAGCGUAACAUCCGCUUCAGAUAUGAUGUGCGGGUCAAUCACAGCACUGCCUGAGCCCAGAACACUAAUGUAUGUGUUUGAAGUCAAUUUGGAAAUCAAGGAGGAAGACGGCAAGGGUUCGUACUCGACGGUGGGUAAAGAUCGCAACGGCUUUAGACUGAAGACGAAUAUAUUAAAGCAGCUACUAAUCAGUAUUAAACAAGUGUCCGACAAUGGGCCCCAUUUGGUCAUCGAGCGGUGCUUUGGAGUCCUGAUCGCUUCCGGACGGCACGUCAGACAUUCCGAUAUGCGACUCCUGGAAAGGAACGAGCAAAAGAAUCACUCAACUGAGAACAAUUGCACCUCAAUAAUCGCCAUGUGGGACCCAACAGAGCAGAACUUCGAGCCUCUAAACGCUGAGACCCAAAAGGACACCAAACAGUACAUGACAGUGGGCAUUGACUUGGUUAUUAGGGGAAUUCAAGAGCCAGUCAGGUUUGUGAUUGAAACGCCCGUUAGAAUUUUCGGGCAGAGCGAAAGAAACUUCUGGUACUUUCAAAAGAAAACCUUAAUCCAGCAAUUUUACUUGAAUCUCAGAGAGACGAUCAGCAGCGAUCUUAGCGAAGUGAAAUACGAAGUUCUCAACAUGGAGACGUCUGGAGAGUUGGACAGAAACUUACUGAAUCUCAACUUGAACCUGUCGAGUUUAAUUCAAUCGCCCAGUAUUACAUCAAUCGACACGUUGACUCCGAAAGAAGAAUAUCACUCAGAUGGGGACGAACCGCUGCUUAGCGGCACUGGCCUGGUUUCGAAAGAUUGUUCGGAAGUCGUGCUGGAAUCGUGGGCCGAUCUGCUCACAAAGUGGAAGCAAACCGAUCAACGCCCCAAACAAUUGGCCAGCUUAGUGAAACUGGGGAUUCCUGAGGCUCUGAGGGGCGAAGUUUGGCAGCGAUUAGCCGGAGUCCAAGAGAACAGCGAGAUGAUGAAUAUGUAUAGAGUUUUAAUCACAAAGGAGUCCUCAUGUGAAAACGUYAUCCAACGGGAUAUUGCCCGGACUUUUCCGGCUCAUGAUUUCUUUAAAGAAGCCGGAGGCCUCGGACAGGACUCGUUAUACAGAGUCAGCAAAGCYUAUGCUGUGUUCGAUUCCGAAGUCGGCUAUUGCCAAGGAUUGAGCUUUCURGCUGCCACUCUUUUAUUGCAUAUGCCGGAAGAACAAGCUUUCUGUGUUUUAGUCAAUCUUAUGUAUGACUACAAGUUACGAGACUUUUACAAGCAAGGCUUUGAGAAUCUCUAUUUGCGCCUCUAUCAACUCAACAGACUAAUGGAGGAACAGUUGAAUCCUCUCUGGAACCAUUUCACCGAGCACCGCAUUGAAACCCAUAUGUUCGCCUCUCAGUGGUUCCUAACUCUUUUCACUGCCAGAUUUCCUUUGUACUUUGUCUUUCAUAUUAUCGACGUUUUUCUUCUUCAGGGGACGGAAACUCUCUUCCAGAUGGCUUUGGCAUUGCUAAUGGUAUGCAAGAAAGACCUGCUUCAACUGGACUUYGAAGGAAUCCUGAAAUACUUCAGAGUGUCUUUGCCCAAGAAAUGUAGAAGUGAAGAAGCGGCKAAGCAGCUAAUCAAGCUCGCUUGCGGCAUUAAAGUGAAAAAGCUGAAAAAAUACGAAGCCGAUUUUAUCACUCUCAAGGAUGAUUGGGAAAUAAUUUCUUCGGAUUCAGAGGCGCAGGAUCGCCGAGAUAGCGAGGCAAGCGAAGUAGAGAAACUUCGAAUGACCGUCCAAAGGUUGGAAGAAGAAAAGUUAUUAAUGCUCGAUGAAAUCUCCCAGCUAAAGGAGAUGCUAAAGAGAGAGGUGGACGUGGCCGACACGGAGAAAAGGACCAACUCGCAAGUGAUCCACGACUAUAAAAUGGUUCGGCAACGGCUAGAUGUGCAGCUAAAUGUUGCUAGACAAGCAUUGGACAGUUUGAAGGACGCCAUUUCCAAUUGUCCAGAUUGUGUUAAGUUUUGUGGGUAUGAUGGCGAUUACAAACGUCCUCGAGGUGGAGCUGAGCUGACUGGAGACGCCAGAAUUAGGGAGUUGGAGCUGGAAUUGGCCCAAACUAAAUUAGCCCACGUAGAGGCGGAGUGCCGUAAUCAGAAUUUAACUCACCAGCUGCGUUACACUGAACAGGAACUAACCGCAGCCAGAAGUAGCUGGGCGCCUUGGAUGAGCAAAGCCAUCACUUCAAUUAAAGAGGUUGCCAAGCCGAAUGCGCCGACAAACUCUUCAAAUACCUCGACAUUUAUUUCACACAUCAACAAUGCCUAUAGGAGAGAUAGUGUGCCUUUAAAGGAGCCGGGAAAAAUGAAGGUUUUAACGGACGACAUUCGCCGCGAAUCCGCCCCAGUUAUAAAGGAUUCUCAAAGUUGUAACAGCUUGAAGACCCAUCAUCAUCACUCCUCAUAAGGCGUUUGAGUGUCGUAGUUUUAGAGUUUGUUCGUUUUCCGUUUGCAUGCCUAUAUGCGGUUCAAAAGUCCACGACGUUCCGUUUUCAUUUAUAGGUAGAAGAGCCUUCAAAUUCAAGUGAUUUUGCAAUUGAGUAAUUGCCUCAUUAGGCCAAACUACCGUUGGUUUAGUUUUUUCAAUACAUACGUUCGUGUGCUUCAGCAAGCGGUCCACUGGUUGUACAAAUAUUUAGAUAUGUGUUUUUUGUAGUUGAUUUGUAUGUGUGUUUUUCGAAUAAUACUCUAUCAUUUGGGAUUUUAGUUUGGUGGCGUUUUAUACUCCUAAUAUUAUUUGUGUACCUUGAAACUAGAGCAGCAUUAAAUAUUUUUCCGGCCGUAAAUAAUUACUAGGUACAAUACUCCGAAAUCCCCUAUAAUCCCGGACUCUUUAUGUAUGGUUUCUGCAGAUAAAAGUGUAUUUUUUAAAUAUAAAGGCGUUGAUAUUAAAUAUGUAAUGUAUCUUUAUAUACUGGAGUUGAUAUUUUCCUCAUAGAUAAACAGUACUUGACGAAACGUUUUUCUAACACUUGUUUGCAAUAGUGGCUCCGUGUUAAUAAAAAACGGCGAAUUCCGUUUGCUGGUGCAUAAUAUGAAAUAUCAGGCCAUAAUGGCUUCAACAAUAAGCUACAGCCAUGUUUCUCUAGUGUGAUAGUAUUUUAGUUGCGUGAUAAUGCUAUGAUUAAGUUAUUUGUAAACGAGAUAUUGUUGAGUACACCUUUGAAAUAUAUUUGAAUGCACUUUUGUA